AUGGGUGGGCGCUACUACUGCGAGUAUUGUGAUAAAACCUUCCCGGAUAACUCGGUGAAUCGGAGAACCCAUUUGAAUGGCACUCAACAUCAGCAAGCACGGAAGUUGCAUUACGACCAAUAUCUAAGUGGGUUUCGUGUGCGUUCCGCUUUAUCUGGUUUAGCUGCGCAAGAAAAGUAUGCUGUUGAAUCAUCGAAAAAACCAUGCAUCGCCUUCGUCAGAACAGGUAGCUGCAACUACGGUGUCUCUUGUAAAUAUUCUCAUCAGACCCCAGAAGAGAUGCUCCAGUUGCAACAAGCAGCCACUGAACCACACCACCUAUUUAGCUUGGCUACUGUCAGAAGAAAGAAUCAGUAA